ACUCAUUCCAUUCCCCAACCCCAACCAUUCCUAUUUCUAAACAACACACCUCCUCUGCACUUGCUCCUUCUCUUCUUCUGUCCAUCGAAUCGACAAGAAGAAAUUUACAAGCAAGAAUGGCCGCCAAGGUGCAUCCUAACGUCGCCGCCGCGCCACAGCCACCCUGCAUUAGCAGCAUCGUCUCCCAACAACAAGAAGAAGAGGAGCCCCCGGUGGUGCUCACGGUGUGGCGCAAGUCUCUCCUCUUCAACUGCCACGGCUUCACCGUCUUCGACGCCAAGGGCAACCUCGCCUUCCGCCUCGACUGCUACGACUCCACCAGCUCAAGGCGCGCCGACCUCGUCCUCAUGGACGCCGCCGGCAAGCCGCUCCUCACCAUCCGCCGCAAGAGGAUGAGCCUCUCCGACAGCUGGAUCAUCUACGACGGCGACGGCGCCGCCACCUCCACCGCCACGCCGCUCCUCUCCGUGCGCCGCCGCCGCGUCGGCCUCCGCGCCUCCAAGUCCAAGGCCAUCGCGCACGUCACGCCGCUCUCCUCCUCCCUGCCGCUCCCGGAGGCCUACGUGGUGGAGGGCUCGUACGGGCGCCGGAGCUGCGCGGUGCGCGACGCCCGCGGGGACGCCGUGGCGGAGGUGAGGCGGAAGGAGUCGGUCGGGGACGACGUGUUCCGCCUCGUGGCGCAGCCCCGCCUGGGCGCGCCGCUCGCCAUGGCCAUCGUCAUCGCCAUCGACGAGAUGCUCCGCGGCGGCAGCUCAUCGCUGCUGCGGAGGACAUGCUCCGCGUAAGUCCAAAAUUCUUCCUUCUGUACAGUAGAGACAUUGAGCUCGCUGCAAGGGGAUCAGAAGCUCGGGGUCCCACCUGUCAGCGACUCAGAAGCAGUGUUCCCGCAGCAGAGUCUAGCUAGAUGCAGGGCACUAAACACCCAGAAAAGAAAAGCACAGGAAUUAUGACAAACUUAUUAGAGUUGGUGCUGUAUGCUACAAUCAAGUUUUAGCUAGCUGCUGGGUUACUUAAGCAUCAUCCAUGUUGAUAGGAAAUUAAGCAGGACUGAUACAGUCAGGCUUGUGAAAGUAAAGCACAAGUAGGACAAUACAUAUAGAUACAGCCUAGUACAGGGGAGUUCUUUUUUUUUCUUCCCCGGAUGUAAUAUUACAAAAGAUUAUUGUUUAUUAUUAUAUGGAGAAAUGGAACUGCUUCUCCUUUUCCUUCCUUUUUUUUU